GGCGUAUUUUUUUUUUUCUGUUCCGGCUCCUGUCCUACCACGGCUGUUUAGAUGAGAAUGUCCUUGGCCCAGAGAGUGCUACUCACAUGGCUUUUCACCUUACUGUUCCUGAUCAUGUUGGUGUUAAAGCUGGAUGAAAAGGCCCCGUGGAACUGGUUUCUCAUAUUCAUUCCGGUUUGGAUCUUUGACACAAUUCUUCUCGUGAUGAUCAUCGUGAAAAUGGCUCGCCGUUGUAAGUCCGGCUACGAUCCUCGCAACGGCUCUCAGAACCUCAAGAAGAAAGCGUGGUACCUCGCGGCCAUGCUGCUAAAGCUGGCCUUCUGCCUUGCUCUCUGCGCCAAACUGGAACAAUUUACCGCAAUGAAACUUUCCUACGUCUUUAUUCCCCUCUGGAUUCUGCUCAUUGGAGGGAUAAUAGAACUUGGCUAUAAUAUUUUCUAUGUAAGAAGGGACUAAACUUUUUUUUCACAUUCCCGAGUAAUGCUGCUACGAGUUUACUUCCUCUAAAGGGAUUAUUUAAAAUAUAUAUAUAUAUUCUUCCAAGCUGUUGGAUGCGGGUUCCUCAGCGCGUGAAGCAGAGCUAUCCGAUCGGCAUGUACAUAUUGUAAAUAAAACAAUCUCGUGUUUUCUGUGGUUUCUACAUUUCUUCUGUCUGAAAGGUCUAAG